AUGGAGCUCGAUCCCAAGUACGACGACUACGACUUCCCAACAACGGCCCCGACGCCUGCGCCCGGCCACCCGGGGCACUUGAAGCCUGAGGAGCAGGCGCAGGUGCAUCAGUUGCGCAUGUUGCUUGAGGCUGAGGGCUAUACUAAGCGGCUGGAUACUCUCACUCUGUUACGGUUCCUGCGCGCGAGGAAGUUCGAUGUCAUGGCCUCUAAGAAGAUGUUCAUGGACUGCGAGGCCUGGAGAGCCGAGAUCAACCUCGACGACCUCGUGCCCACCUGGGACUUCGUCGAGAAGGAGGAGAUGUUCAAGUACUACCCUCAGUACUACCACAAGACGGAUAAGGACGGACGGCCAGUCUACAUCGAGCAGCUCGGCGGCAUCGACCUAACCGCCAUGUACAAAAUCACCUCCUCCGACCGAAUGCUGACCAACCUCGCCGUCGAAUACGAGCGCCUCGCCGACCCCCGCCUCCCCGCCUGCUCCCGUAAAUCCGGCCACCUCCUCGAGACCUGCUGCACCAUCAUGGACCUCAAGGGCGUCACCCUGACCAAGGUGCCCCAGGUCUACUCGCACAUCCGCCAGGCCUCCGCCCUCUCGCAAAACUACUACCCCGAGCGCCUCGGCCGCCUCUACCUCAUCAACGCCCCCUGGGGCUUCUCCACCGUCUGGUCCGUCGUCAAGGGCUGGAUCGACCCCGUCACCGUCCAGAAGAUCCAUAUCCUCGGCGGUGGGUACCAGGCUGAGCUCCUCAAGCAGGUGCCCGCCGAGAACCUCCCCGUCGAGUUCGGCGGCACGUGUAAGUGCGAGGGUGGCUGCCAGCUUAGUGAUAUGGGACCUUGGAGGGAGAAGGAGUGGUCGAAGCCUGCUAAGUGGGAGACGGAUGUCCAGAAGGAGGAGAAGAGCGAUGUCCCGGCUCCUGCUCCUGCUGAGGGUGUGGUCGAGAUACCCGUCCCCGCUGAGGGCGUUGCCCCUCCGGAAGGCGCCAAGGCUACCGCCCCUGCUUAA